GUGAGCGCUAUUCAAACCAUCCAAAGCUCUACUGGUCCUUGAGUCAGGCUCAUACUCGCUCAGGUCGACAGGUCAUCCAUUUCAUUUCUGUCUUUCAUACCACUGGAGCGCAGUCUCUCGGACUUGACGCCCUUCGACGCUCAUUUCGAACAACAUUCGUUUGUAUCCUAUACCCACUUUCAGCGUUUAUGUUUACCCCUCCCCCGUCACCCAAUCCCCCCGAAACCCGACCACCACCGUCAUGUGCACACCUUGUUUCGGAUAAGCUUCUGGUGCCAACAACCGUACCCCCGCUUGCACCAGUUGUCACCUCUUCACCCUCAAAAUACAAGGUUGCACGCCGACUUCGAUGGUCGGUCCUCGUCGUUCCGUUCACCCUCAUUAUAAUUGCAGCCACGACCCGCUUUCUCACUCAUCCUGCGGCGUUCGACCUUCUGAUACCCGGCGCGGAAAAUAAAUGGGACCAGUGGACAGAAAAGAUUUUCGAUUGGAGCCCCCAUAGCGGUCAUUCCCACUCAUCACCGCACAACCACCCGGGUACUACCUCGCCCCCAACCUUGUUCCGUCGUGCUGCGACGCCCACGACUGCUCCUCCCGUACCUCAAAAUCCCACGCUUCCAACACCAUUCCCCCAACCCUUUGACACGACACUUUCCACUAACUUUUCUACGACAGAAUGUUACAACUUCUUCCUUAACAUGACGCAGACGAUACCCUUUCGGUCAUGUCGGCCAUUUUCCCUUCUCAUCACGCACUCGCAGGCGUUCCAAGAGGCCCAGAAUAAUAUCACUGAAAUGAACACCGACAUCUGGGGGACAUGCAAUACCGACCUUAGCUGGGAUCAAUGUAGCAUCAACAUGGCGUGGUUCGUGUCGGCGCUGCAGUCCUCUUGUGUGAUCGACCUCGGUGAUCAAAACGCAAUGGCCGUUGACACGCUCAUUGCUCUUCAGGCAUAUGAUCUCAUGAGGAAUGUCUCCUGCCAAGUCGACACGGCAACAAAUGCGUAUUGUUACGUCGAAUCCGUAGGCAACUCUGAUCCGUCAAGUUAUUGGUUCUACCUGCUGCCUCUUGGUCAACCACUAGUUGGCAUCACGACUGGCGCAUGUAACGAGUGUACAGAGCAGCUGAUGGCGAUGUAUGCCAAUGCGUUGGCAAGCAGCAAUGGCACACUACUGGGUGCCCUGCAGCAGACGUACGAGAACGCUGCAAAGACCCUGGACAACGCCUGUGGGUUGAAUUACGCCCAGACAGUGAAUGUUUCCAAUGCGGCUCUCUCACGGGCGGGUAUGCCAUACGUGGGCAUCCUGCUGUUGGGUGUGUUUUUUGCGCUCUUGCUUUUUGCGACAUGAUUCGUGGCGUUGCCCGACUUAAAGUCUUCCUGUUUUGAAGGGAGUUUUCUAAGUAUUUAUUGGGUAUGGAUGACAUGGUGCCGGUUUUACUGGGUUUUAUACCAUACUUUCUUCGCUGAUACUUCUCCCCGCGAUUCGUACCUACCCUCCGAGCAAACUACGUAUACCAGUACCUAAUUGACGCACCACCGCGGAACAGCGGAUGACUUCAUCUACAUACCUUUCCAGCGUGGACGCAUGUACAGGUAUCAAGUUUGUUUCAUUUAUUUGACCUCACGCUUAAUGCUCGAUGAGCAGCUUCUAUCGCCGCGCUAGCGGCGCUAUGACGUUGCGACCUGUAUUAAUGGCGUAUGAUGGACCUGUGGUGUACGGUAACUCCAAGCCAUGGUGGUAGUGGCGCAGAAGA